CCCGAUCGGCCGCCUCCUCUCCGCGCCGCGAGCCCACCACAAACACACGCACCGACGCGAGCCAGCCAAUCAAGCCGCCGCCGCCGCCGCCGCGCGGGCAGGGAGGGGGAACCCACUCGCGAACGCCUGCCUCCGGUCUGCGCCGCGCGAUGCGACCGCACGGGCCGCCGAACAUGCGGGCGGGGCUGCAGCAGCAGCACCAGCCGGGCACGCCGGGGCGGCCGCGGCGCCGCCCGGAUCUCACGCUGCCGCUGCCGCAGCGGGACCUGACGUCGCUCGCGGUGCCUCUGCCGCUGCCGCUGCCGCCUUCGUCGGCGCCGUCGUCGGCGUCCUCGUCCGGGUCGUCCUCGCUCGGGGGCGUCCCGACCCCGCCGAAUUCGGUGGGGUCCGCGCCGCCGGCCCCGCCGCCGCUGACGGAGCUGGAGCGCGUCCGCCGUAUCGGGAGCGGCGCGGGCGGGACGGUGUGGAUGGUGCGGCACCGCUCGACGGGCCGGCCCUACGCGCUCAAGGUGCUCUACGGCAACCACGACGACGCCGUGCGGAGGCAGAUCACGCGCGAGAUCGCCAUCCUGCGCACCGCCGAGCACCCGGCCGUGGUGCGGUGCCACGGCAUGUACGAGCAGGCCGGCGAGCUCCAGAUCCUGCUCGAGUACAUGGACGGGGGAUCCCUCGAGGGCCGCCGCAUCGCCAACGAGGCCUUCCUCGCCGACGUCGCGCGCCAGGUGCUCUCCGGGAUCGCCUACCUCCACCGCCGCCACAUCGUACACCGCGACAUCAAGCCCUCCAACCUUCUCAUCGAUUCCAGGAACCGCGUCAAGAUCGCCGACUUCGGCGUCGGCCGCAUCCUCAACCAGACCAUGGACCCCUGCAACUCCUCCGUCGGGACCAUCGCCUACAUGAGCCCCGAGCGCAUCAACACCGACCUCAACGACGGCGCCUACGACGGCUACGCCGGCGACAUCUGGAGCUUCGGCCUGAGCAUUCUCGAGUUCUACCUGGGCAGGUUCCCCCUCGGGGAGAAUCUCGGCAAGCAGGGAGACUGGGCCGCUCUCAUGUGCGCGAUUUGCUACUCCGACUCGCCGGCCGCUCCACCCAACGCCUCCCCGGAGUUCAAGAGCUUCAUCAGCUGCUGCCUCCAGAAGAAUCCGGCGCGGCGGCCGUCGGCGGCCCAGCUCCUCCAACACCGGUUCGUCGCCGGGCCACAGCCGCAGCCGCAGCCCCUCGCGCCCCCUCCUUCAUGAUGAAUUCCGAUGGGAUUCCGGCCUUGAUACGGGCUCGGGCAUGGAUGGACGGUGGUUGGCAUUGAGACGUGGGAUCUAGGAGUGCUCUUCCUAGCCAUUUUGGGUAUUCAAGCCACCACCACAAAUUUACCGCAUCCCUCUUCUCGUUGCUGUUGCUCCUCGAAUUAAGCUCCUCUUCCCCUCCUGGACUUCUUUUUUAAUCUUUCUCCUUCUUCUUUCUUUCAAUUAAGUUCAUGUUCUUCCAAAUGAUCAUCAUAUAAUAUGGGUUGUUAAGAAAGCAAUUUCUUCUUGAUUAAUUAAUCAA